UGACUUUCCUCUAUUCUCCGCGUUGCCGCGGAAGCACGUUUGUUGUACUGUGCUACAUGUGACCGUCUCUGCUCACGCGUGCUUCUGACAUGAUUUCUCCUCAUGGAAUGUAUCAGUUGGUGUGCCAGGUGGUGGCGAAGCAGUCUCACAGGGGAAAGUACCACAACUCCUUUAUAGGUCCUCGAUCAACAUAUAUAAGACCUUGGCUGCCCAUGGUGACAGCCACUUCCUCUUAAUCUCACCAGUAAGCUCCGAAAGCAACCGACGGCAGUUUCUUCCUCAUUAUAUUCCGACAACUCCGAUCCAACGCUCUCGAAUUUACCACUACUGUAUUGCAAUAUCCACUCACCGACCGACCCUCCUCCUGCUGUGAAUAUGGCGAUCACGACCGUCCAGAACGAGGCCCUGCAAGGCCUGUGCUCCAAAAAUCGUCUCGAUCUGAUGGACGCUAUCGAUCGUCUGCGCUCCGAGGGCAUCGACCAUCUCAUCUCGCUGCCUCAGAUCAUCGUGGUCGGUGACCAGUCAUCCGGCAAGAGCUCCGUCCUUGAGGCCAUCUCCGGCGUCCCCUUCCCAAGCCGAAGCAACCUCUGCACCCGAUUCCCCACCGAAGUCGUACUGCGGCGAACCUCCCAGGUCAGCGCGCACGUGUCGAUCGUCCCGCAUAUGUCGAGAGACGACUCGGAGAAAGCUGCAUUAUCCAGCUUCGACGAGAAAAUGGACACGUUCGAAGACCUUGCCCGGCUUAUCGACGAGGCGAAAUCCGCUAUGGGGAUAUCGAUCCACGGGCGGGCAUUUGCUCGAGACCUGCUGCGCGUAGAGAUCUCAGGGCCCGACCGCCCGCAUCUGACCAUCGUCGAUCUGCCUGGCUUAAUCCACUCCGAGACCAAGCAUCAGAAGGCCUCUGACGUCGAACUGAUCCAGGAGACGGUCGAGUCGUACAUGUACGAGGCACGAAGCAUCAUCCUGGCAGUCGUGUCGGCGAAGAACGACUUCGCAAACCAGAUCGUCCUGAAGCUCGCAAGGACGGUCGACCCCAGUGGGCAAAGGACCCUCGGUGUCGUCACAAAGCCCCACAUGCUGACCCCAGGAUCCGACAGCGAGGCUCUCUACAUUUCGCUCGUCCGGAACCAGGAGGUCAACUUCCGCCUCGGCUGGCAUGUUGUCAAGAACAUGGACUCGGAGAAGGAGACUGGUUCGUUCCAUAGACGCAAUACCCUCGAAGCAGACUUCUUCGCUUCGGGGGUCUGGACUAAUCUCCCAAGCACCAUUCUCGGUGUCGCUCAUCUCCGAAAUCGACUAAGUAAAGUCCUCUUGAAACACAUCACAGCAGAGCUCCCUAGUCUGGUCACGGAGAUCGAAGCGAAGCGUCAGGCAUGCCGUAGUCAGAUGGAGAAACUCGGUCGGCCAAGAAAUACGCACUACGAACAGCAGCUGCACAUGAUCACGAUCUCGGAGUCGUUCCAGCGCCUCGUGCGAAAUGCUGCGGAUGGCAACUGGACAGAUUCGUUCUUCGAGGCCGUCGAGACUGACAAUGGCUACAAGCGCCGCCUCCGCGCCUUCAUUCAGAACUGCAAUGACGACUUCGCUGCAGACGUCCUGAAGAAUGGUCGGCGUCACCACAUCAAAGAAGAGGGGGAAGAGGCCAGCGAUACCUCCACAGAUGCUACAUUUAUCUCACGAGAUGACUUCAUAGGGAGAAUCAUGGCGAAGAUGUCCCGUUCCCGCGGCCGAGAGCUGCCGGGAUCCUUCGACCCUAUGAUCAUCGCCGAGCUAUUCCGCGAGCAAGAGAGGCCAUGGGAGGCGCUCGCGCUUUCCCACGUCCAGCGCACCUGGGAUGCUUGUAAAGUCUUCCUCAGACAGGUAAUCGACCACGUCGCGGACACCAAUACGUCUUCAACGGUCCUACAGAGGAUCAUCGGCCCCGCGAUGGACGUCAUACUGGCCGACCUCCGAGUCAGGACGACCCAGAUCCUUAAGCAGCACCAGGAGCUGCAUCCGAUCACGUACAACCACUACUUCACCCAGACGCUGCAGAAGAUCCGGGAUGACAGAAGCCACGCCAAAGUCGCUGCCGUGAUCAUGGAACACUUCGGUACAAAAAGCUUGAAAGUGAUCUCACACGGAGAACAGGAUCUUGCAACCCUGGUCAGCAAGAUUACAUUGGGCACCACAGAGCCUGACAUGAACAAGUUCGCAGCGUCAGAAGCCCUGGAUAUGAUGAUGGCAUACUACAAGAUGACCUCGAUUCGCCUCCGUUUCGUCGACGACAUCGCCGUGUCCGUCAUUGAGGCAGGGCUUGUGCUCGCCCUGCACCAGAUGCUGUGCCCGGCCGAGGUGUACAAGAUGGAUACGGAGCUCGUGGCCAGCCUGGCGGGCGAGACCGAGGAGAACCGCGUUUGCAGAGAGCAGGCUGUCCGGCAGCUCGAGGUGCUGGACAGGAGCGCCCAGAUCUGCCGCCAGUUCCCCGUUGACGGCAUGGGUAGUAAGGUAUCUCCAAUAAGCUGGGUGCAAACACUGCUAAUGAAUCGCAUGUAG